AUGAAAGCAGUUUGCUCAGCUUUAAUAUUUUCACUUUUGUUAAAGACACUUAUUUGUAAUCCAAUUUCCUCAAAUAGGAAAGAUACAAGAAAUAAACUGUUGGUAAUAUCAUUUGAUGGAUUUCGUUGGAAUUAUGAUCAAGAUGUUGAUACCCCUAACCUGGACUAUCUUGCAGAAAGGGGUGUAAAGGCAAAGUAUGUAAGCCCACCAUUUGUAACUAUGACGUCUCCAUCACACUUCACAACAAUCACUGGUCGCUGGGUAGAAGAUCAUGGAGUAAUACAUAAUCAGAUGUUUAACCCUGAAACACUUGAAAAGCUGACUUUCAAGAAAACCCAAAAUAUGUCUGAAUGGUGGGACAAUGGAGUAUUGCCUCUAUGGAUCACUGCACAAAACCAGGGUUUGAAGGCAGGUUCUUUCCAUUAUCCAGGAGGAGGUGCAAAUUACAGUGGACAAUCAGUUUAUAGAUCGUUAGUUGAAACACUCGAUCAUCCUGACAGUGAUGAAAAUGAAUGGAGGGAGAACAUAGAUAGAGUAAUGAAAUGGUUCACUGAAGAAAAUUUAGAUUUUGUAACCCUUUAUUAUGGGGAGCCUGACAAAACAGGCCAUAUCAUAGGCCCAGAAACUGAGGAGAGAAAACUUAUAAUUAAACAAAUUGAUAGAACAAUCGGAUACUUGCUAGAAUCAAUAGAAAUUCAUAACCUAAAGGAUACAUUAAAUAUAAUAAUUACAUCAGACCACGGAAUGACCACUGUCAAAAAAGCACCUGGUGUAGAAGAAAUCAAGUUAGCUAACUAUAUAAAUUUUAGAGACCUAGUAAAAUUUGACUCGCUGGAUUAUGGUGGCUUUGGGAUGAUUUUACCCAAAGAAGGCAAGGAAGAAGAACUGUAUCUGAAACUUAAGAAUGCACACCCUCAUUUAAAUGUGUACAAGAAAAAUGAAUUUCCUGAAGAACUUCAUUAUGCUAAACAUAGCCGGAUGUUGCCAAUUAUGCUUUAUGGAGAUCUUGGCUACAGCGUAAAUGGGAGACUAAUUCUAUAUGUUAAUAAAGGAGACCAUGGAUUUGAUAACAAGGAAAUGGACAUGAAGAUGAUAUUUCGUGCUUUUGGGCCAGAUUUUAAAAGAAACUAUAUUGCUGAACCGUUUGACAGCAUUCACAUUUAUCCACUGAUGUGUAAGCUUCUGGGUGUCUCUCCUGAACCCCACAAUGGCUCAUUAACAUUUACACAGGAUAUGAUUUUACAAAAUGAAGAUAUUGCUGUAUCAGACCAAGAUAAAUCAGAUUCUGCUUUCUUUCUUGCUGGUAUCGUGUUGUGUUCGGCAUUUGGGAUUAUUGUGCUGAUGUUUGCUUCCUAUGUGCCAUAUGCAGCUAUCAAGUCAAAGAAAAGUAGGAAGAAAAACCAAGAACGUGAAGAACAGACAAAUGAAUCUAAGAAGAACCAAUCUAUGCCAAUAGCAUCGUUUUAA